AUGGGCAGCGUACUUUCCACCAAGUCCACUGUGGCUGUCGAUGAGCAGGAUCAAACCGACAGCCAUGGCUCUGUCAAAAAGCUCAGGGUCGCGGUUGUAGGCGGUGGCCCAGGAGGACUGGCAACAGCCAUCGCGUUGUCCAAGAUACCCAACGUCGACGUCCACAUCUACGAGAAAGACAAGGUGCUCCGCGAGGUGGGCGCAGGCAUCAACAUUGGAGCAAACUCGUGGAACGUCCUGUCGCUGCUGGGCGUGGCGGACAGCCUCACCAGCGGACACCAGAGCAAUGUGGUCCUAAAUAUGAACGGCCGGACGGGCGAGGAGCUGCACCGCAACGCGCGGCCGGGAGACCCGGCUUGGCCCUCGGGAGAUUGGAAGAUCCGCCCUACGAUUCGUACGCAGCGCACCAAGCUGCAGUCGGCGCUCCUAGCUCACGUGGGGCCGGGCGUCAUCCGGCUGUCCAAAAAGCUUGAGGGCAUCACUGACCUGGGCGAGGGCGACGGGGUGGAGCUGAGGUUUGCGGACGGGACAAGGGAGGUGGCUGACCUGGUCGUCGGUGCUGACGGAAUUCGCUCUGUGGUUCGUGACACUGCAUGGCCCGACUACAAGAUUGCCUUUACCGGGACGACCAUCUGGCGCGCUCUGCUGCCGCUCAAGGACUUGACCGAUCUGGACGAGAGAUUCGGCAUCACAGGGUGGUGGCACUUGCCGACAUCGCAUGUAUACUUCUCCCCUGUGGGCGAGGGCUUGGGGGAGAUCGCGUCGAGGGAGUAUCAGGACCCUGAGGUGCACAGCGCGAGCAAGGUCGUUUGGGGCGUGCCGGUCACGAAUGAGCACGUCGAGUCGCACUUCAAGGAAUAUCUCCCUCAGAUCCAAACAGCUCUGAAAAGAAUUCCCGACGGCGCCUGGCGAGAAUUUGCGGCUUUCGCAGGGCCGGAGCUUGCGCAGCUUACGACAUGGAACAACAAAAUCAUCCUCGUCGGCGACUCGUCGCACGCGCUUUCGGGAGCGUUCGGAUCCGGCGCCGGCUUUGCCAUGGAGGACGGCUGGGUGCUCGCACAAGCGCUACAGCACUUUGGCAAUGACACGUCCAAGGCUCUGCCGCUCUUUGAUCGAAUCCGCGUGCCGUAUUAUCACCGUAUGUAUGAGCACCUUGGUGCGGAGGGGGCGAAGAGGGCUGCGAAGUUGGCCGAGCUGGAGGUCGGCACCGCUGGGCUGACGGAGGAAGAGAGAGUCAAGGUGAAGAUUAUCAGGGAUGGAAAGGAUAUGAGUUGGAUUUAUCAAAAUCAUAUUGGAAAGGUGUGGGAGAGCGCUUUAGCUGAGGGCGGAGACGAGGUCCAAUCUUCUUAG